AUGACUACUUUUUCAGCUAAUAUUGAAGAAUUUACUCUUCUUGAAUUGUUUCUUCAAUGUCUAACAUCCAAUAGUAAACUUCAUUAUUUAUACUUAAACAAUAGAGCAUAUUACAUUGAUGAUGAUAAACAUUUCUUUAUUGAUGGAAAUCGUUGGCAACCAAUUGUAUUGAAUCUCGAUGAAUUUCAUAGUUCAUUACGUGUACGUGUACUCGAUUUUAGUGGUAAUGAAGAACAAUUGACAUCACUACGUACACCAUUUUGGUUGGAUGAAAAAAAAAUUUACUUUAAAUUAGAUCAUCGUUGUGAAAGUGAUUUUGAUUAUGAUAUAUAUUAUCUACAUACAAUUCCUUAUCGUUUUUCACAUUUACAUAUUCACUCAUUUGAUAGAAUAAUAACGACAACAACUAAUGAGUUAAUUAAUUCUUUACCAUAUCGUUAUGUCACUUCACUUGAUUGUACACGUGCAACACUACAAGUUUAUCUUAAUUUUAUGUUGGAAUAUAGAUUGAAUAUUAAAGAACUUAACAUUUAUAUUAAUGUUUGGGAUGUAAAUCAAUUGACAUCAAAAGAAAUUAAUGAAAUACAAGAUGUAUGUCAAGAAUCAUUAGAUAAAAUCCAAUAUUUAAAAUUGAUGACAGCACAAAAUAUAGUAGUACCAUACACAUCUCCAUUGAAAACACCUAUUGCACAAAUUCUGAAUAGUUUUACAAAUUUGCACUGUUUAACAAUUAAAUAUAAAUCACGACACGAAAGCGUUGAUGUUGCUACUUGUGUUUUUAAUUUUAAUCCAGAAGAAUUUCAAAAAGAUGAACAAUUAGAGAACGAUGUGAAACAAUGGUUGGUUGAUAAUACAUGUUUAAAAGAUAAAAACAAAUUUUAUACUGAUUAUAAUGAAGAUGAUGGUUUGAGAAUUUUUAUAUAA